AUGACCGAUGAUUCCAAUGAGGAUCCUUUGGAGGCGAGAAGGAAGAGAAGUUCGAAGGAGCGAAAGGUCGAAAAAGCGACUUUCGUCCUCAGCAGUGGCAAGAAUCCGAUUUCCGUUCAAUUUCCUUCGGGAUAUGAACCACACACGGAAGACACUUUCUAUCGAAAAAAGGUGCCAAAGGAGAACUAUCACAUAAUUGGCGAGGGAAUGUAUUCGUAUGUGAUAGCCGCCAAACUCGAUUACAACCAUGUGGAGGGCAAGAACUCGGAUACAAAUUCAAAGCCUAAUAUGAUGAAUGUCACGUGCAAACGCUAUAAUCUGCAGCAGCUGAACAAUACGUUCGAUGGCUACACAAGAAUCAGACGGGAGCUGCAAAUCUGUCGCUUGCACAGUCACGAGAAUAUCGUCGACUUUUACGAGGUGUUCACCCAGCCAGCUGUUGGUCCACCGGCGUUUAUCUACGUUGUCUCCGAGAGGAUGAACCAUAGUCUAGCCGAGUAUUACGAGAUUUUGACAACCAAGAACAAGACAGAGGUCGACGUUCUUCACUUGGGCGCCCUUCUGACGCAAAUACUUCGAGCGCUCAGCUAUCUCCAUCAGCGGGGAAUCAUGCAUCGGAAUGUCUCACCAACGAACAUUGGCAUUAACACGAGAGAUUUCACGGUGAAGCUCUUCCAGUUCGGAUUGACUAGAGAAAUAAACGUGAAUCUCGAACAUUCGAUAAACGUCGAGACCUUGCACCACUACAAAGCUAUUGAGGUCCUCACACGGCAGCCAUACGAUAUGAAAAUCGACAUUUGGGCCGCAGCACUCGUUGCCAUCGAGCUGCUUGGCUUGAAGCUUUUCUGGCCGUCUGGCACGGAAAAAGAGGUUAGUCAUAGCGGCGCCGAGAACGCGGUCAUAGAUCGAGUUUAUGAGGUCCUCAAGUCGCUGGAAGUGAAGAGACUCAGUGCCGACGAGUGUCUAAAGCAUCCGUUUCUGAGGGCUUUCAAUAAAACCUACCAAGAGAAGUCGGCUAGCAGUCACCCAAAAAAUGAAGAGCAACUCCGUGAACGCAAUGAGAACGACAAAAAGAUGGUCCUGGAAGAGCUGGAGGCUGGUCUGACUCAGCUGUCCUUUCGUCCAAAGCCAAUCAUGCCA